AUGUUAACCAAGGUUUCCGCCAUCACGGCUCUUGUGGCUGCUGCUCGCGCGCAACAGGUUUGCACGCUUAACGCUGAGACCAAGCCCGCGCUCACGUGGUCCAACUGCGCAGCCGGUGGCACUUGCACCAAGGUGAACGGCGCCAUCACUGUCGACGCCAACUGGCGCUGGACUCACGAGACCAGCGGCAGCACAAACUGCUACACCGGUAACAAAUGGGACACUUCAAUCUGCAGCACGGGCGAGGACUGUGCUUCCAAGUGCUGCCUUGACGGUGCCGACUACUCCGGCACCUACGGUGCUACCACCAGCGGUGACUCGCUCAACCUCAAGUUCGUUCAGCAGGGUCCCUACAGCAAGAACAUUGGCUCUCGCAUGUACCUCAUGGAGGGCACCGACAAGUACCAGAUGUUCAAGCUCUUGGGCCAGGAGUUCACCUUUGACGUCGAUGUUUCCAACCUAGGUUGCGGCCUGAAUGGCGCCUUGUACUUUGUCUCCAUGGACGCAGAUGGAGGUGCUUCCAAAUACCCCACCAACAAGGCCGGCGCCUCCUACGGAACCGGCUACUGCGACAGCCAGUGUCCCCGUGAUCUCAAGUUCAUUGAUGGUAAAGCCAAUGUUGAGGGCUGGGUGCCCUCAUCCAACGACGCCAACGCCGGCGUGGGCAACAUGGGCUCUUGCUGCUCCGAGAUGGACAUCUGGGAGGCCAACUCCGUGUCCGCCGCUUACACCCCUCACCCUUGCGAGACAAUCGGUCAGUUGAGCUGCUCCGGCGACGCCUGCGGCGGCACGUACAGCGCCACUCGUUACGCUGGCCAGUGUGACCCCGACGGCUGCGACUUCAACAGCUACCGCAUGGGCAACACCUCUUUCUACGGCAAGGGCUCUAAUUUUGCCAUCGAUACCUCCAAGAAGAUUACCGUCGUCACCCAGUUCAUCGAGGAGGCUGGCGCGCUCUCGGAUAUCAAGCGUUUCUACGUCCAAGACGGCAAGGUCUUUGUCAACUCCAAGUCCGAUGUUUCCGGAGUUGACGGCAACUCCAUCACCAAGGACUACUGCACCGCUCAGAAGAAGGCUUUUGGUGACCAGGAUGUCUUCACUCAGAAGGGCGGCCUCGCUCAGAUGGGCAAGGCUCUUGCUGAGGGCAUGGUUCUUGUCAUGUCCGUCUGGGACGACGUCCCCGAUGGCGCUGUGAUAAUUAACUGUUUUGCACAGCACAACUCCAACAUGCUCUGGCUCGACUCUACCUACCCCACUAACUCUACCGGCCCCGGCUCUGCUCGCGGUACCUGCGGCAUUGAUUCUGGCCUCCCCGCCGACGUCGAGUCUCAGGCUCCCAACUCCAAUGUUAUCUUUUCCAACAUCAAGGUUGGCCCCAUCGGCUCUACAUUCAACAGUGCUGGAACUACUGCUUGUCUUUGGAGUUGA